CAGUGUUCAUAAGUAGGCUCACAAAAGUGUCCGUUACAUUGUUAUGAUAUUAUAAAUUUAAAUGUUUCCUUCUUUACUUUAUGCUUCGUUUGUCCGUGUUCUUUACGGUGUGAACCCACGCAUAGGCAAAACGAUUCAUGUCUUGUGUUUUAUUGGGGCUAGUUACUGUUUAACAUCUCCACCCAACUUUCAGUUUGUUUAGUAAAUCGAUCUAAUGAGGCUCCCCCAACACAACCAAAAGUAUUAUCCAAUGUAAGGAUUUAGACAUGUCAAACACUUUAUUUGCUCUCUAUAAAAGCCUAAGUAUCAUAUUUAUUAGCAUACAUUUUUGACACGGGGCGUUUGGGUUUUGGUGGAUUAAUGCAAAUCUUGUUGGACGUGGAGAAGGUAAGACCAGAUAGCGUUGAGUCGCGGUCAUCGAAUUGUGGGCCAUGGGAAACAAUCCGUUAAAACGUUUAUUCCUAUCUUUUGCCUGGAUAUGCAGUCUAGAAGAAGUCCUUGCUACAACAUUUUGACGGUUAAGAAAGUUUCGCUCGUGCAGUUGUGACGUCAGCAUUCCUUUAAUUAGAAAACAUGCCGACAGAGCCCAGCAUCAGUCAAGGAGAAAAUGGCGUGAGCUCCAACUGUGCAAUCUGUGGUGAUAAAGCCACAGGUAAACAUUAUGGCGCCUCCAGCUGUGAUGGCUGCAAAGGCUUCUUCCGCCGGAGCAUCCGGAAGAGUCACGUCUAUUCCUGCAGGUUUAAUCGUCAAUGUGUUGUUGAUAAAGACAAAAGGAACCAGUGCCGUUUCUGCAGACUUCACAAAUGCUUUCGAGCUGGAAUGAAGAAAGAAGCCGUGCAAAAUGAGCGGGACCGUAUCAGCUCGAGGAGGAACAUACAGGACUCACAUGACCUGCCACCAAUCACAGCCCUGGCUCACGCUGAAGCGCUCUCGCAGCAGCAGAUCAACGUCGCCAGCCAAACGGGCCCUGCUGAUGUUUCAGAGAAAAAAUCAGCCACUAUCAGUGAUGUCUGUGAAUCUAUGAAGCAACAGCUGCUUGUUCUGGUAGAGUGGGCUAAAUACAUCCCAGCCUUCGGCGAAUUGCCACUUGAUGACCAGGUUAGUUUAUUACGAGCUCAUGCUGGGGAGCAUCUUUUGCUUGGCGUGGCUAAGAGGUCAAUGCCAUACAAAGACCUCUUGCUUCUAGGAAAUGGCUGCAUUGUCCAUCGAAACUGCCCUGAGCCAGAAAUAGGUCGUGUAUCCAACCGAGUCUUGGAUGAACUGGUUCUUCCUUUCCAGGACAUCCAAAUUGACGAGAAUGAAUAUGCAGCUCUAAAGGCCAUUGUGUUCUUCGACCCUGACGCCAAAAGCUUAAGAGACCCCUCCAAGAUCAAGGCGAUGCGUUAUCAGGUUCAAAUGAGUCUGGAAGACUACAUUAAUGACCGUCAGUAUGACUCGCGUGGGCGAUUCGGGGAGCUUUUGCUGCUGCUUCCUACUCUGCAAAGCAUAACCUGGCAGAUGAUAGAGCAGCUACAGUUUAUCAAGCUUUUCGGUCUUGCCAAGAUAGAUAACCUGCUGCAGGAGAUGCUUCUUGGGGGUCUAAACACAGAGCAACCUCACUUACAUCACAAUGGUCACCCUCAGGGUCCACUAAUGGGACAGACCAUAGUCAUUAGCUCCAUCCCAGGAUCUGCACACUCACAGCAGAUGGCUUCCCCAGAUACCCCCAUUCCAUCUCCCACUUCAGGACAGAACCAGGAGGUCUACCAGCCCCCCGGCAGCCCGGCUCUCCUGCUCCUGCCACAGCCCAUGCCAAACAGACCCUCUCCUGAGCCUCCCCUCUGAGUCCACUCUCUGCUACAUGCCCUGUAUGUUUGUAUAUGUGUAAAUUAUAUGAGUUAUGACCUUCCCCACAUCCACCGCAACAUAUUUAUCUCAUCAAAAGGGAACUUUCCAAAUAAAUUUCAAAUGUAUUAUAAAGUGGAUCACCACUAAUUGAAAAAUGUAUUUCAUUAAAGCAUCUGUCAUGGUGGCAGACCUGGGUUUCUCCUUGUAUCAGCCUACCGCUGGUAACUUAGUAAAUGUGGAUAAUAUUUGUUUAUUAUUAAAUUAUUGUCAGUUACAAGGUACUUGCAACUCUAAAGAAAUUUGUAUUUAAUUUGAAAAUGUGACCUUAAACACAAUAAAUAAA